CUCUGGGGGUCACUGUGUUUUUCCCUUAUUUCAGAAUGGGUACUAAAUUUAAGAUCGUUAAAAAUUAGUUACCAAAUUCCAUUAGUAUUUCUCAGGGAGGUGACUGAGGCCGAAACGCACGAAUUAGCUGCGUUUUAUCUGACGUGGCUCGCCUGAAUUGGUACCCAGUCAGCCAUCCUCCACGUCCCCACUCAAAGCUUGCCACCUGGAGCCACAUCACCUUCAGCCAAACCCAUAUUGCAACGGUAAUAAUUAAACGGGUCAUUUUUUUUAACAAAUACCAUUUACUUUCUUCAACAAAUCCCAUUUCCCCCAUUAACGUUUCUCUUCUCUUCUUCCCUGAGCUCAACGAAACCCUUUUCUCAUCUGAAACCCCUAACCUAAACCGCUGCAAAUCUAAAAGCCCUAAUUUGUUUUCUUUUCAAUUGAAUUGUAAAAGCUGAAAUGGAGUACAAAAUCUCAAUUCCCAAUUGUGAUUGUAAUCAACCGGCUGUUUUAAGAACAUCGUGGACUGAGACUAACCCAGGAAGGCGUUUUUUUGGGUGUUAUGCCUACCAGUCUGUAGAUGGCUGUGAUUUCUUCUAUUGGUUGGAUCCACCCUUGUCUCAUAAUGCUAAAGCUGUCAAACUUGGGUUGCUGAGGAAGUUGGAGAAGGAUGCGGAUGCAAAAAACAAGAAGAUGAAGAACUCAAGCUGCUGCUGUGGUCUGAAAUAUUUGAUGGUUUUUGUGCUUGCAUUUUGGCUUGGUAGAUGCAGCUGCAAUUAGGUUUCUGAUGGUGUAUUAGGCUGAAGUUGUUAGAUUGAUUGUGUAUUAGGAUGAGGUUGUUAGGUUGAUUUUGUAAUUGUCUGAACUUGUGUUAGUUGAUGUAGUUUAUGAUGUAUUAAGCAAAUUCAAGUUGUUUGAUCUGUGUUAAUGAAUAUUUUGCA